AUGAUCGUGCACAUGUGCAUCAGCCGCGGAGCGGACGGGGAGAUGAGCAUGGGUCUCCUCCCGGGCGGCGGUUUUCUCGGCGGCUGCGGCCCCUCCGACGCGGGCGACGACGACAGCCUCCCCAGGAGGCUCGUGGGAUGCGUGCUCUCGUCCAUGCUCUCUUCCAUGGCGGAGCACCGCGCGCGCACCCUUCCGCCGGACGUCCCGCCCCCCGAGGGCGUCGCCGACAUGCCCGUCGUGCGCGAACUCAUCGUCCGAACCCUAGCGAGUCGCGCGGUGACGGACUCGAAGCGCUUCCUCGACGUCACCGACCCCGACUUCGACCCGUAUCGCGGCUCCCUCAAGGCGCUCGGAAGGCUCGCGUGCGUCUGCCGCGGAUACCGAGACGACACGCGAGACCCGUACAUCGUCAACGAGCUGCUGGAGAGGUUGGCGGAGCCCGCGUGGCGCGAGUGGGCGCGAGGGUGGCGCGGGAAAACCGCGGCGAGGGAAAAAAAGGACGACGACGACGUGACUCGCCCGCACCCUAAACCUGCCGCCGACGCUCCCAAUCCAACCCCGCGCGUCGACCUCGGCGACGUCCACCGGCUCCUUCGCGCGGAGCACGUCGCCAAGCACGUCAUCGACGCGUCCAACUCGGAACACUUCGCGUCGCGCCGAGCGCGGGGCGAAGACACGACGGCGAGGGACCGGUGGCGGCCGUCUACGCUGCGAGCGUCGGUCGCGUUUCCCCCCCCGCUCGAUUCGCUCCAGGAACCAGACAACACGGUGCUCGAGGCGCACCGCGCGCGGCGCGACGAGCUCGAGCGCGAGUACGCGCGGCACGCGUGCACGGGUGAGUCCCUCGACCGACGCGUGAGUCGUCUCAUCGACGCUUUAGAGGCCAACUCGAAUUCUCUUCGCGAGGAAUACGAGUCGCGAGCGGAUAAGGCGAGCAAGGGAGGGCCCGUCCGCCGGCGCCUGCUUCGCGAGCGGAAGAGGCUCAAGCGCGGGAUGAAACGGGUUCAAAAGGCUAUGGACACGCACGACUCCAAUCUCGACGUCGUGAAGGCGCGGGAGGAAUACGUCGCGGCGCUCACCGAGGUGUCGCGGCUGGAGAGGCUCGCGAGGUGCAAGGGACCGCAGCUCGCGUGUCGUGAUCCGAACCCCGACGAGCGCGCCGUUUCCCCCCCGACCCAGGUCGGGGGCGUGCCCGACUGGCCGUGGCACGACGAGGAGGGAGUCUGCGGCGAACACAAGGCUUUUCCAGACGUCGACGAUUGGGAGUUUGUGGCGCAGGUGAACCUCCGGCAGGUCCACGCGAGCUCAUCCCUUCUCCCCGAGGGCUUGCUCCCCGAGCGGGGGAUCCUGUACUUUUUCCUCGAUCGCGAUUUCGACACGAUGGACGACGACGGUCAGGAGUGUCUGGUCAGGUUUUAUCCCGACUCGUUGGACUCGCCGCCGUGGCCGGGCGCAAACCUGGACGGCUCCGCCGAGGCGGCGCACCAGCGAACGAACCUGCGAAGGUUCCAGAAGAUGGGACAUACGCGAUCCAUCCCGGUGACGUACCGCUCCGCCGCGGUGGCGCCUGCCCGGGACGUGCUCACGAUGCGUCCGUUCAUCGAUGGACACGAGCUUAUGCCGCCGGAGUGGGCGGAGUGGGCGGAGUUGGACCUCGAUGAGGAUGAGGAUCACCCGCUCAGCGAACUCUUCGACGAGGACGACGACUUCCAGGCCGAGCUCGAUUAUCCGAGGAACAUCCGCGACGCGUUCCCGUGCCCGCCGGUCGACGUUCCCGUGAUGCUGGGCUACCCGAUAAUAUCCGAGGAGGCGAUGGAAUUUUGGAUGGACUCCGUACACUACCCGGAAACUCCCGUGUACUUCGUGAGCCAGAAGGACAGCCUCCUCCUGCUGCAGAUCGCGCCGCACGGACCGCAAGGCUCGCCGGACGGCGUCCAGCUGUCGAGUGUUAUUUUCGUUCUCAUCGAUGCGCCGGCGGCGGUUAACACUGCAGUCGGGAGCGGCGGUUGCCUCGGCGCACUCGCCGCCGCCCCGCGUCCGCCGUCGACGCCCGAGCGCAUGGAUCGAGCGUCCCUCGAACGCGAUGUCAACGAAUACAUCGAGCGCACCGUGACGCGCGCGGACGAGCUCGCGCCCGCGCGCGCCGCGCUCGUCGCCGCAACCGACGCGCGCACCGCCGGGAACGAUUCGUUCCGGUCGGGCGAUUUCGCGACGGCGAUGGAGUGGUACGAGAAGGGAGCGCGCGCGCUGCGGGCCGACGCGCUGCGCGAGCCGGUGACCAUGGCCGCCGCGGAGCGUGCGCUCCUCGCGCUCCUCGCCAACUCCGCUCAGUGCGCGUUGAAGCUCGGCGAGCACGCGCGCGCGGCGAAACUCGCGACGGCGGCGUUGGGAAUCCACGUCUGCGCCUCCGAGCCCGCGCUGUUCAAGAAGGUGAUGGUCCGCCUGGCGCUCGCGAAGGACGCGUCGGGGGACGCCGACGCCGCCGUCGCGACGUGCGAGGAGGCGCAGCUCCGCGGCUUGUCCGCGUCCGACUUCGACGCCAUCAUGCGCAAAGCCGGGCGAACGAGCGUCGGGACGCUCGGCGACGGCCACGAACCGCGGAUGUUCGUCAUGCUGGGGCUGCGACUGUCCGACGGCGCGGAGAACUUGGCGCGGAUUCGGGGCGUCGUCGAGUCCGGUUCCCUACCGCACGUCGACCGAAGGGACGAGGCCGGCAACAACAUCCUCUGGGGCACGCUCCACGCCCUCCACGGAGCCGUCGAACCUUCCGCGAACGGCGGAAAGGGGGAAGCGGGGGACGCAGCCGGCGGCGAGGGCGCAGCACCUGGCGAGGGAUGCGUCCCGACGCUGGCGUACCUGUACGCCGCGGGAGCCGACCCGUGCCAGCGCUACGACGGCGGCAAGACCCCGUUGAUGUACGCCGCGGGAAGCGGGCACGUCACCGCGGUGCGCGUGACGCUGGACGCCAUGCGGGCGAGGCGCCGGGCGAUCAACGCCGAGGCGCGCCGCGACGAGGGCGACACCUUUGAAACGGAACACCCGGCGGAUGGAGAUCCCGAGUCGAUUCGCGAUUGGGUCAACGUCGCGGACGACGGGGGAUGGACGCCGCUCAUGGUGGCGCUCAUGAUGAAAGACGACGCGCCGCCGAAGGAGAACGUCGGCGCUAAACCUAUGGGCGAGCGGGAACAACUGGCGGUUCUGGCAAUCGUGCGGGAGCUCCUGGACGCGGGCGCGAACCCGUUCGCGCAAAACGUCGACGGGAACUGUCCUCUGCACCUUGCGGCGAUGAACGGCGCGUCCGAGCCCGCCGUGGAGCUCCUGCGCCGGUGCUCCGACCCCGCGUCGUUGCUCUCGCUGAGGAACACGCACGGCAUGUCGGCCGCGAUGGUGGCCAGGCGCGUGGCGCCCAACUCGGGCGUCGUGGCUGACCUCAUCGCCGCCGCCGAUCGAUGCGGGGGCGACGCGAGGGAAGAGCUCGAGGAGGACCUUCGGGUGUGCAAGUGGGAGUCGGCGGUGGCGACGGUUGGCGCGGCGAACAACGCGGCGAUCGAGCGCAUCGUCGACUUUGAGGGGGAGGAGCUCUUGUCGACGCCGUGGGCGGAGCAGGAGUGCGUCUUCGCAAAGUGCGACGCGUGGCUGUCCAUGUGCGGCUUCGACGACUUACCGAACGUACCGAGUAAUGGCGAGGACGAAUCCGCGAAUAAACCGCUGAGCGUCAGGGCGUUCGACGCGUACGGCGACGUGUACGCCGCGGUGCACGCCAAGAUAUGCGACGAGCUCCUCCCGCGGUGCGUGUCGAAGCGCAUGGACUUAACGGACCCGCGAUCGACCCCGUCCGUCGCGGAUUGCGCCCGGCUCUGGUACGUCUCGGGGGGCGAACGAGGACAGGGGACCGACGUCGCGUCGAGACCCCCCGCGCGGUUCGUCCCGCACAUGGGCGGCGUCGUCGCGAACCCGACGUUCGUCGCGUUUCACGAGCUCGUGGCGUGUGUGCUUCCCCACUCGUUUGCUUUCGCCGUGCCGUGCGAUGCGGCACUGGCCGCCGUCGCGAGUUUGAACCGACCGGUUGUCGAGAUGGGCGCCGGGACCGGGUACUGGACGGCGCUGCUGCGUCAGAAAGGCGUGGACGUCGUGGCGUACGACGCGCAUCCGCCGAGGCGCAUAACGAAGCAGUUCGCCAAGGGCGUCGCCAAGUUUUUCGGAGUCACGUACGUAGACGAUAUAAACGAGUGCGAUCGCGACGCGUCGUGUCUGGACGCGCACGCUGAUCGGGUCUUGAUGUUGUGCUGGCCCAAGUCGCCCGAGGACGUCGAGGCCGGGGACUGGGAUCUGCGGUGCCUGGACAGGUGGCGAGGGGACACGCUGGUGCACGUGGGGGAGUGGAGCGUGAAUCUCGACGAGGACGUCGACGAACACGGGAUUCGAUCCCCCGACCUUUGGUACGCCGGGGCGAGGGCGCCGAGGGUGAAUGAGGAGUUUCCUCGCGGGACGAACGCGCUGAACGUCCCGCACGGCAUGACGACGAGCGCGGGGUUCCAGCGGAGGGUGGAGAAGGAGUUUGAGCGGGUCGCGACGGUCCGGUUGCCGAACUGGCCGUUCGCGAGGGACGACUUGACGGUGUGGCGGCGGCGGUAG